AUGGCCAUGAUUUUCACCGACGCCCGCGUGUUCUGCCCUGACUCCUUGAAAUCAGAUCGGUUUUUAUCCACUCUCGUCGUCUCUGGCGACCGAGUCGAGUACGUGGGUUGCGAGGGAGACGAGCCAUUUCGCCAGGCACAAAAGUCAGGAACAACGGUGGACUUGGGCGACCGAGUUGUUCUGCCGGGUUUUAUCGACGGCCAUGUCCACAUUCUCAACUUCAGCCUGUCCCUGCAGAAGCUUGACCUCCUUCUACCCACGCAUCCUGUGCCGGGGUGGAUACAGUCGGUCACGCAAGGCCAGGCACUCGCCACGACGCUGGACGACUUAGAUAUACGUUCAAUCUACAUUGAAGCACUGGAUCUCCAUUCCACUUGGUGCAAUACUACUGCUCUGCAAGAACUCCAGCUGGAGUCACUGCCUGAACCCUCAGGAGGGACGAUUCAUCGCUUAAAUGGGAAACCGUCUGGGUUACUCGACGAAGCAGCCCAAUUCAACAUCUGGCCGUUUCUCGAUCAAGUCGCAUCGAUGGAGAAGAAGCUAGCAGCCAUUGAUGCCGCGGUGGCUGCCCAUCGAUGUGCAGGGUACACCGGUCUAGUGGACAUGGCGAUGGACGAAAGGAAUUGGGAAGCCCUGAACCUCUACCGCAGCCAAUAUGGCGAGCUACGAUUUCAUAUGGCAGCACAUUGGCUGAUCCCAUACUCGGAAGAUCACCGGGAAAUUUGCAACCAUAUUGACCGUGCGAUUGAGCUCCAUCGGGAAUUCAUCCGGUCCACCUCUCCGGACUUCUGUAUCAAUGGGAUUAAGCUAAUCUGUGACGGCACUGUGGACGGCUGCACAGCCGGCCUGCAUCAGCCUUACGGUGGCUUCGGCGAUGUUGUUGAGCCCAUAUGGCCUGCAAUGCAGCUGGCGUCGGCGAUCCGCCGCGCCACAAAUGCCGGGCUACAGUGUGCCAUCCACGCUAUCGGCGACCGGACGGUUCAACAGGCUAUUGAUUGUCUAUCUCAAGUCCCCAAUCUCCGUGACGGUCGACAUCGCAUAGAACAUCUCGAGCUCACAACUCCGGAGGAUGCGAAACGCCUUGGCGAUCUAGGGAUUGUUGCUUCAGUGCAGCCGGUUCAUUUGGACCCCGCUACCUUUGGUGCAUGGCCUGAGUUAAUCGGUUCAUAUCGUUGCCAGCGAGUCUUUGCAUAUCGAGAAUUUGCUGACAGUGGGGCUCCCCUGGUCUUUGGCACGGAUGCUCCCACGGCGAGACACUGUCCGUUGCCCAAUCUCUACAAUGCAACUACACGCCACUCGGCCCUGGGCCCGUCUCUGACCGAGACGGUCAAUCCGAAAUUUGCAGUUCCUCUUGCCACGGCUAUCUCGGCCGCAACAGCAGGGCUGCCUUUGCCUGCUUUGCUGACUCCUGGACUGGGAGCUUGCGACCAGGCUUCCAAGCGAACUUUGUGUACCAAUAUCGCGUCUGCCGUCAUCUCCCAUGCUCAACCCCUUGGUCUCUAG